GUAUUGAGCUUUGUUGUCACUAAGAAGUCUUUUUGUGGAUUUCUUCAAGCUCAAAGUUUUCCGUGUUUUUCUCACUGGUGGUGUGCUAAAACGUGUGCCACGAUAUUCAUUUUUUUUCUUCCUUUUUCUGUGUGUGACAAAAAUUAUCAAAAUGAAUAGAGAUAAUACUUAUGCUUUGUGGGUGGAAGGUGGAAAAAUUCGAUAAUUUCAGCAAACACGAAUAUGCUCAAAUAUCGUGUUUUUUUAUCAUGAUAAAGUAAAGGAAAACUGAAAGAAAGAGAGAGGGAAAGACAGUGGAGUUGAUUGUGUAAUAAAUGUUUAGAGUAGUAAAAAAUGAAAAAUAAAUCGCACAAAAAUAUGUUAUGAAGAUAAACAAAUAUCGGCUGUUUUCUUUGUCAGUCGAAAGUGAAAAACAGAACAAUCAAUUUUAUUGCACUUCUACUAUUGAGAAUGUGCUAAAAUGUAUUUUCCUGCAGAAGUGGCUGAGUAAUUAAAAGUGAUUGGGAAAAUGUGACUAAAUUGUGAUUAUUUAUAAAUAUAAAUGAUCUGCAAAUAUUCCAUAUGACUCUGGAUGGAAAAGUGAGAGAAGGAUAUUGUGGGAGAAAUUGGUGUUAAGUGAUGGAGUGGUCGUGGUUGAAAGAUUGGUGGAGAUUGAAAAAACUCAGACGAAGGCAGAAAUUUCAUGAUGGAUACGAUCACAGCAAUGAUGAUGAUGAAGAAAACUACAAUGAAUUUUGUUACUGUGACGAAUGCAUGAAUGGUGAUAUUGAUCUCUGUGAUCCAAAUGAAAUUGAUUCUGAUGGAAGUGUCUCAUCAUGUUCGGGAAAGCAGGUUGUUGUGGGAGUUUGUGCUAUGGCCAAAAAGUCACAAUCGAAACCUAUGAAGGAAAUUUUAACACGCCUUCAGGAGUUUGAGUACAUAAAAAUAGUGGUAUUUCCUGAAGACGUUAUCCUCAAGGAUCCAGUUGAAAAAUGGCCUAUCUGUGACUGUUUAAUAUCCUUCCACUCAAAGGGCUUCCCCCUGGAAAAAGCUGUUAAUUAUGCUCAAUUGCGAAAGCCCUAUGUAAUUAACAAUCUUCAUACGCAGUACGAUAUUCAGGAUCGACGGAAAGUUUAUUCAAUUUUGGAGAGUGAAGGAAUUGAAAUUCCUCGAUAUGCUGUACUUGAUCGAGAUUCUCCUGAUCCAAAACAUCAUGAAUUGCUUGAGAGUGAGGAUCAUGUCGAAGUCAAUGGAGUGACAUUCAAUAAACCUUUUGUGGAGAAGCCAGUUUCAGCUGAAGAUCACAACAUCUAUAUCUACUAUCCAACUUCUGCAGGAGGUGGUAGUCAGCGGCUUUUUCGCAAAAUUGGCAGCAGAAGUAGUGUUUAUUCUCCGGAGUCUCGUGUGAGAAAGACGGGAUCUUUCAUCUACGAGGAUUUUAUGCCAACUGACGGAACAGACGUGAAGGUAUAUACAGUUGGUCCAGAUUAUGCUCAUGCAGAGGCAAGGAAGAGUCCAGCACUCGAUGGGAAGGUGGAACGCGAUCGGGAAGGGAAGGAGAUUCGAUAUCCUGUGAUACUCAGCAAUGCCGAAAAAUUAAUUUCGCGCAAAGUUUGUCUUGCUUUCAAGCAAACUGUUUGUGGUUUCGAUUUACUGAGGGCCAAUGGAAAGUCGUACGUGUGCGAUGUAAAUGGUUUCAGCUUUGUUAAGAAUUCAAACAAGUAUUACGAUGAUUGUGCUAAAAUUCUGGGUAAUAUGAUUUUGCGAGAAUUAACACCAACACUCCAUAUUCCUUGGUCUGUGCCAUUUCAACUCGAUGAUCCACCAAUUGUCCCCACGACUUUUGGCAAAAUGAUGGAACUGAGGUGUGUUGUGGCUGUGAUAAGGCAUGGUGAUAGGACGCCAAAGCAGAAGAUGAAGGUUGAAGUGCGUCAUCCGAAAUUUUUUGAGAUUUUUGAAAAGUACGAUGGGUACAAGCAUGGGCAUGUAAAGUUGAAGCGUCCGAAGCAACUUCAGGAAAUUCUCGAUAUUGCCCGGUAUCUCCUGGUGGAGAUUCAGACAAAAGCGGCAGAUUCGGAAGUUGAGGAAAAACAGGGAAAAUUGGAACAGUUGAAAUCCGUCCUGGAGAUGUAUGGGCAUUUUUCGGGGAUUAAUCGUAAGGUGCAGAUGAAGUAUCAGCCAAAGGGACGCCCACGAGGAUCUAGUUCGGAUGAUGGUAUGUCACUAGCAGAUGCACCAAAAGAGCCAUCUCUUGUGCUCAUUCUGAAAUGGGGCGGAGAAUUAACACCAGCUGGACGGGUUCAGGCUGAAGAAUUGGGCAGGAUUUUCAGGUGUAUGUAUCCAGGUGGUCAGGGCAGGCAUGAUUAUUCGGGAACACAGGGUUUGGGAUUGCUGAGAUUGCAUUCAACCUUUCGGCACGAUCUCAAGAUUUAUGCCAGUGAUGAGGGAAGGGUACAAAUGACAGCAGCUGCCUUUGCCAAAGGACUACUUGCUCUCGAGGGUGAACUGACACCUAUUCUUGUACAAAUGGUUAAGAGUGCCAAUACCAAUGGGCUCUUGGACAAUGACUGUGAUUCGAGCAAAUAUCAAAACAUGGCAAAAAAUCGUCUUCAUGAAUUAAUGCAGAUCGAUCGAGAUUUUACUCCAACUGAUCGUGAAGCAAUAAAUCCAGGAAAUAGCAUGAGUAUCAAUCAAGCUUUGGAUUUUGUGAAGAAUCCUGUAAAAUGUUGCAUACAUGUCUGCAGCUUGAUUCAAUCUCUGAUGGCUGUUAUUGCCGUCAAGAGGGAUGAUCCCAAGACAAGGGAUGCCAUACUGUAUCAUGGUGAAACGUGGGAAUUGAUGGGAAGACGCUGGGGAAAAAUUGAAAAGGAUUUCUCUACGAAAACAAAGACAUUUGAUAUAUCAAAAAUUCCUGAUAUUUAUGAUUGUAUCAAGUACGAUUUGCAACACAAUCAGCAUACAUUGCAGUUUGAGCAAGCUGAAGAAUUGUAUAUUAAUGCCAAGUACCUGGCUGACAUUGUUAUUCCGCAAGAGUAUGGACUGACAGUUCAGGAGAAAAUUGCCAUUGGGCAGGGAAUUUGUACGCCUCUGCUGAAGAAGAUUAAGUCCGAUUUACAGCGGAAUAUCGAAGAGGCUGGUGAUGAGAGUGUCAAUCGUUUGAAUCCUCGAUACAGUCAUGGGGUAUCUAGCCCAGGAAGGCAUGUGAGGACUCGUUUGUACUUCACGAGUGAAAGCCAUGUACAUUCUCUCCUCACAGUUCUGAGGCACGGAGGACUUCUGAAUACCAUGACUGAUGAACAGUGGCGAAGAGCCAUGGAAUAUGUUUCAAUGGUGUCUGAGCUCAAUUAUAUGUCGCAAAUUGUGAUAAUGCUCUAUGAGGAUCCUACUAAAGAUCCAUGCUCUGAAGAGCGCUUCCAUGUCGAACUCCACUUCUCGCCUGGAGUCAAUUGCUGCGUUCAGAAAAAUCUUCCGCCAGGACCGGGAUUUCGGCCACACAGUCGCAAUGACUCGGUAACGUCCAAGAGUACCAGCGGUGAGGAGGAUUCCAUGACAACGAGGAUUGAGGAGGAGGGAGAUGAAGAGACAGGAACUCAAAAUACUCCUCAGAAUCCAAAUUCAGAUACAGGAGAUUCGAGUGCAAGGGGAUCUAAAGGUGAUAAUUCACCAUCGGAAAUUGCUCCAUUGCAUCAAUUUAAUUCGUCAAAAAUUAAGUCUUCUGAACCUAUUCCAAUUGGAUCGUGUCAUACAGUUUCGGGUCAUGAGGCAAUGGAUUUGGCCAAGAGAUUGAGCAAAGAAUUGGCUUCUCAGCAACAAAUACAGGGAGGAUCACUUGGUGCAACGCGUUCAAUGAGUCCGGACACGGAGCCAAGAUCACGAUCGUACGAGACAACACAAUCAAAGCCAAAAGCUGAUCACUAUCCGCGAUACCAAAGUCUCCAAGCGGUUAAUGACGAAGAAGACAUGCUAGAUGAAAUGCCCGGUGCUUUGCCUCCUGUGCAUGGUAGAGAAAAGAGGAAGAAGGCAUCAGUAUCAACGCCACUGUAUGAUAUAAAUUCCGCCACAAAUGAACUGCCACUGUCGGCAAUUAAUUUCAAAUCAAAUCCCACAAGUCCCGAUGUGGGAGGUUCAGUAGAGGAUGAACCACCAUUGUAUAGUGUCCGACCACUAAGUGGUAGUCGUAUUUCGUUGAUGGCCACAAAUGAGAGGCCACUGUCGUGUACAUGCCUACAUCGAUUAUCGGGGGAGGAUGUGGAGUCUCCAGAUGCGGAAGUUUUCGUACAGAGACGAAGCACCCUCCACAAUCCCGUAACGUCGAUGCUGGAACUAGAUACAGGUGGCGGUAGUGGUGGUGGUUGUGGUCAGGAUGGGAUACCAGUGGUGAUUGAUACUGAUGUAGCGUGUGAGGAGGAAAAGAGACGUGCAAAUUCAGCACCGGCUCGUCUAUGCCUGUGCAUGCGUGAUGCAAGUAAUAGUGCAAUUGUUGAUAAUUUGCCACGCAUUUUGGUUGAUUCACCAUGCGAUCCACCAACAACACAUGACAGACACAGCGCAGCUGAAAAUCUUUAUCAUGAAUUACAUAUGACCAAUAAUGGGGGUUCCCUCAUAUCAAGUCAUCUAACAAAAUCCAUCUCAGAUGGUCUCAUUAAUACUACAUUAAUGGCAUACGAUGAUACAGCAAUUAUUGAUGAGCCAACAACAAUAACAACAACAAUACAGUGUGUUGAUGUGAUGCGAAAGAGAUGCUGUGAUACUAAUGCAAAGCCCCAUCAUGGUGUCAUAACAAAUGUGUCCAACUCUCUUUCAACCACACCAACAUAUAAUAUUCAUAAUCAUGCAUCAACAAAACCCCAACAACACAAUUCAGAUAUCACGGUGACUACAACAGCCGCGUCAUCUGUUCAAACGUCAUCGUCGAACACAGUGAGGCGUCAACGACACAGCAUUGCCGGCCAGAUGAGCUAUUUCAAAAUGUUGGGUUUUGGUGGAUUUAGCAAGAAAAUGGCCAGCACCAAUAGUCUAUUUAGCACAGCAGUUAUUAGUGGCAGUUCAUCAGCGCCAAAUCUAAGGGACAUGAUACCCAGCACGGCAUCACCAUCAGUACUUGAAGGAAUUGGAGGUGUUCCGUCCAUCAGACCUCUCGAGACGCUCCACAAUGCGCUGUCACUGAAGCAACUGGAUUCCUUCCUGGAAACCAUGACGGCAGCUCCGAUGUUUAAGACACCGGCAUCAUCACCACCAAAAUAUCCCUCGACACCGCUUCCGACGCCUGUGCAAACGCCCCAGAAUUCCAUCCCCGAGAAAUUUAUAAAUUGGAGUGGACAAUCCAGCAUGACCAGCAGCUUGAGUGCUAUGUCCAGUGGAGGACCACCAAGCCCCAAUAUUUCUGAGACUUUCUCCAAGGGAUACUCUAGUACUGAUAUGUCAGCUAGUAUCAACAGUACAGAUGAGCUGGGUAUUCUGGGAGCAACUGCAGAAUUGUGUCAGAUGUUUCCAACUCUGGAUGCUGAUCUCUGUGCUGUCAGUCAUCAAUUGACUCUGGAAAGUCUUCCGCUCAGCUGCACAGACAUUUCCCAAGGAGCCAGUGGUGAAUUAACACCCAUCAGUACAGGAUCUGAUUUUGAUUUCAACACGAAUGAUGCCACAAAAGGAUCCUCAACGAAUGAAAUAGGAACUGAAGAUUCAGACGAAGAGACAACAGUUUCAGCCACUGCAGAUGUAUCCUUUCCCUCGGAGGGUUUUCUCUCCAUGGACAAUUUGAGGAGCUUUAAUGUAGCCAAUGAACCGUCCUUCAAGAAAUCCCUAGAAACCUAUCAAACUUCCGUGAUGAAUAUCAAAAGGAAGUUGAGUGAGAAGUGUACUUCGGAGGAAGCGUCUCAUUCAACGGGAGCAACUCCCAAGAAUCCUGGUAGAAGUCCGAGGAUUCAGAAGCAAAUUAGUGCCUACGAGAGGGAUUACCGGAAGAUGAGUGCGAGGGAACCUCUGCAGGAUAUUCAAUUGCUUGCCAAGAGAGACAAUCAGCCACAUUACUGCACUUCAGCGGAUGAUCUCAAUCGCACAGUGGCCGAUAGUGAGGUGCAAAAUGAGAAGAAAAUCGACAAGGAGGCAAAAACAAAGUCAUGCGCAAACCUCAAGAUCUUCUCGAGUAAUCCUGGGGCCCUUGUGGUCAAGGAGAAAUUCAUUGCACCGCCAAAGAGAGUUGCAAAUAGCUUCCAUGGGAAGACGCAAUUCACCCAAAAUGCCGAUCUAUUUCGCCGGACAAUUAGUCAGGGCGUCGUAGCUAACAUUCCCGGAGAUGCACCAGCCAAUCGCUUCACCACAACUAUUGUUCCAGAGACAUGCCACGAAAGUCUCCCGCCCAGAGCUACCAAAGAGGAUUAAUAGCUUCUAUUCCAAAUGUGUUGACUACUCAAUAAAAUGCUGUUACAAGAAA